AUGGGAACAUUGUCUUUGGAUAUAUUGAAACCAUCUCCUGCAUUCUUUUAUACUGCAGUGGAUCUGUUUGGACCACUCACUAUUUGGGACUCAGUCAAAAAGAGAACACAUGGAAAAGCUUAUGGGGUCAUAAUUACUUGUCAGACAUCAAGAGGUGUUUAUAUGGACUUGGCAGAUAGUUAUAAUAUGGACAGCUUUCUGAUAGUCCUUCGUAGAUUUGUAUCUAUCCAUGGAUAUCCACGUAAGAUGUGGUCCGAUGUGGGUUCCCAGCUUACUACUGCCUCAAAGGAAAUCAGUGAGAUGAAUGAAAAUUGGGAUUGGCAGAGAAUAAAAUCUUUUGGAGUUCACUCUGGCAUGGAAUGGGAAUUUUGUAAAUCAGCUGAUGCACCAUGGGAAAACGGAUGUUGCGAGCCUCUUAUCAAAACAGUCAAAUCCUGUCUUUCCAGUGCUGUAGGGAAUGCUGUGAUGUCCUUUUCAAAGUUACAGACUGUUCUGUUUGAGGUUGCUAACUGUAUGAAUGAGCGGCCCAUAGGAAUGAAGAGCAACGAUCCAAAUGAAGGAACUUACUUAUGUCCCAAUGACCUACUUCUGGGAAGAGCAUCUUCAAGAGUUCCACCCGGGUCAUGGACACAAAAAGAGUGUUUUAAAUACCGAUGGAAAUUUCUUCAACAGGUAACCGAUUCCUUUUGGAGAAGGUGGAUACGCAACUUCUUUCCAACUCUCAUAAUUCGUCAAAAGUGGCACACAAAGACCAAAAAUGUCCAAGAAGAGGAUAAUGUUCUAGUAUAUGAUAGCAACGCAGUGAGAGGACAAUGGAGAAUGGCUCAAGUAUCCUGUGCCAAACCUGGCAGUGAUGACAGAGUAAGAGACGUUGAACUUCGUUACAAAGUCCAGGAUGCAGGAACAAGUUAUCAGGGACUGAUAGUUACAAAGGUUCGUCGGUAA